UAACUUUCACUUUCAUCUCUCUCUCACUCAUGUCCUCCUCAGCAUACAAGCAACAGCAACAGCUACCAAACAUGCACGGCGGAGCCACCUCAGCACCACCACCAACUCCGUCGACGCAGCCCAACAACCUCCUGUCCACGUCAUCAGGUGCCACGGCGGACGCCCUCUCGAGGCUCCUCCACCGCCUUCCCCCCACUCUCUCCCUUCCCAAGAGCCGCUCACCCGCCACGUGUCCACCUUCCAUCUCCUUAUCCGACGUCCAAGCCAACCCGAGUACCCUCUUCUCCUCCUCGUCCCAGCUCGGCUUCUUCCAACUCACCAACCACUCCGUCCCGUCCCAACUCGCCAACUCGGCCGAGUCGGAAGCGCUCUCUCUUUUCGAGCUUCCUAGGCACCAAAAGGAGUCAUUUUUCCCCAAGUGCUGGCCUCUGGGGUUUGAAGGGGACGACGAUGACGAGGAAGACGACGGAGACGCACUCGGCGAGUCGUUCUGUCUGGACUCUUCGUGUUCUACCGAGUCUUCUACCGAGUCCACUGAGUUGUGUUUAACUUCUCUGCGUGAGUUCACUCGUGCUUUAGAGAAAGUGGGGCUGGAGAUCGUUGAGCUGUUGUGUAGGUCAGCAGGGUUUGAGAAUCCUCUGGUGAAGGACGACCCGACCCGGUUUUCGUCCAUGAUGUGGAUCUCGGAGGGUAAAAAGUCACCGAUGGUGGGUCGGUUUUACCCGCAUGUAGUCGGGUUACAGUACCAAAUAAGAAGUGGUCAGAAGUACUCUCUGCUGGCGGAUUCGGGUUGGGUCUCUGUGUUACCGCCGGUUGAGUCAAUUUUGGUUACCAUUGGUGACAUUGCUCAAGUGUGGAGCAAUGGGAAAUUUAAAAAGGUGAGAGGAAGGGCAGUGGCAUCUUUGGGAGAGGGUGAGUGUCGGUGCAUAUCAAUGUCGCUGCUGGUGAUUCUUCCUAUAGACAGUACCAGUAGAGUGGGUCCUCUUGUUCCAAUAUCAGCCGUUGAUGGUGAUCAUGAUGAGGACAGAAAUGACAGAGAUGAUGAUGAUGGUGGAAAUCAAAACCUGAAUGGGAAGAGUGAUGGUGAGAAUGAAGGAAGGUUGUUUAAGUCAUUUUCUUUGGAAGACUAUGCUUGGAGAGUGUACCAUGAGCGGCUCUUUCUCAAAGACCCCUUGGAUAGAUACCGUUUUAAUUAAGAAUUCUGAUAACUAGAAGAAAUGCAGCAUUAUUGUUUUGUUUGUUUGUUUGUUUCAUUUCUU